AUGCUAGCCAUCAUCGGACUUGCCGUGCACUUGGCGCUCUCCAACGCCUUGCCAGCGCCUGCCGACGACGACAAUCCAUGCACGAGUUCUGGCCCGGUGACAGAGACAUUCGACGGAUACACCGACACAGUAUCGUACUGCAGCAAUGGAGGAUACUCCCAUGCUCCCACUGACAGCAACGUCGAAUAUGACAACUGGCUCGACGUUCAGGGCAGUGACUUCAAACCCCCGCUGGCAGAGAACGGAGUCGUUCUGGUAUCAACACCACUGAGCAAGGAGCCAAAUUCCGGUGAACCACAAGUCGCCAAGAUCGUCCGCAAGGACGAAAAAGACACUAUUGACCUGCUGAGCUUCGACUAUCAGUGCCGCAUGUACAUCAACAACCCUAAAGACAAGUCCAACGCCUGCAAGGAAUGCUCUAAAUCCAUUCAGUGCACAGUUAAGGCCGAGUGCGCCUCCGCCUUCGGCGAUCCCGUGACCAAGGAACUGGAGUACACGACCAGUGAUGCCCAAGGAGGGAAGAUGAAGACCUUGCCCGUCGGACCCGAUGCCUUCGUGCUGCAUACUUGCAAGGAAAUCGUGUUCACGGCAACCACAGAGGAGAAGGUGGAUGGGCCUAAGUCCAAGUAUCUCCUGGUCUUGACGGCCUUCUUUGACCUCCCAGGCAUACGCCUCAUCUGGCUUGUCUUGGGGAUCCGUAGUCCAGCUGACUAUCUCGCGAACAAGGACACAGUGAAAGGGGUGGCGCUGAUCAUGGACAAUAUCAGGACUGGCGUCACGACUUGUAACUUCUAG